UCCAGUCGUGCUCUCAUUGGUCGAUGUCGCGCCGGGAACCAAUCACGCGCCUUGUAUGAGUGCCCGUGGCAUGUACAGUACAGUACAGGCAUGUACAAAGCCUCUGAGUCAACUCAUCUCUUUGUUUGGCAUGCAGGGAAACCUUCUCUCUCGUGCAUCAACAUGAAACAACGCGUCUUUCCACAAUAUGCCUGCUGAUAUGGCUGUAUUUUUUCAUUUUUAUGUUUUGAUGAAUUUUUUUUUUUUUAUGAAUAUUUUGGCAAAACCUGCGAAGCACUGAAGCCGGAAAACGUGAAGCGCGAAGUCUCGAGGGAACACUGUAUUUCAUUUUAUUAAGUUGGAGCUAUUAACGGAAUUGCCAACAGCCACAGAAUACAAUGACCGUUUGAGUGUGUCAAAGUCAAGAUUGGCCGACCGCUUGCUGGGUUGGCGCGGCGGCUAACUGCCUGGCCUCCAGGGGAUUAAUUAGUAACCUUUAAAGUUUGCAUAGGAAGAUGUGGACACAGUGACAGAGUGACAAACGGCGGCGCUUGAAAGAGAAAGAAACACUUGCUCUCCACACAAACAUGGACAAGGCCACCAGUGACAAGAUAUUCUGCUGCAGCUGGAUGCGCCGCAAACUCCCCCUGGCCAUCAGGGAAGAGGUGUACCACCUCUUGAGGAUGAUGGGGCCCCUGGUAAUCCCCUAAUGCUUUGCUUUGCAAUGUAUUAGGGGAUUGCUUAUCCUCGGUUCUUCCUAGUUGGUGGCUCGAAUCUUUGGUUAUCUCCUUCCGUUUGUGGUGACCAUGUUCUGCGGACGCCUGUCCAACGAGGUGAUGGCCGGUUACGGAUUAGCAUUUGCUACCAUCAAUGUGACCACAGCAGCAACAGGCCUGGGUUUAGGGAUCACGCUUGAUACUUUGGUGGCUCAGACAUUCGGUGGUAGGAACCUGCUGCGCGUGGGCGUGAUCCUGCAGCGAGGCAUCAUCAUCCUGCUGUUGUUCUGUCUGCCCUGCUGUGGUCUGCUUCUCAAUGCCCAGACCCUCCUGCUGCUCAUGGGCCAGGACCCUGAGGUCACCCGAAUCGCACAGUUGUAUAUCACAGCGUUCAUCCCAGCAAUACCUGCAGUGUUUCUAUAUCAACUCCAAGUGUCCUACCUUCAGAAUCAGGGUAUUAUACUACCACAGAUGUAUGCUGGCGCCCUGGCAAAUGUGGCAAACUUGCUGACAAACUACAUCUUUAUUAACGUGCUCGAUCUCGGGGUGAAGGGAUCUGCAGCAGCCAGCACUCUGUCGGAGAUUUACAUAUGUGCCUUCCUGUUUGCGUACAUCUGGUGGAAGAAGCUGCAUAAAGCGACAUGGGGAGGCUGGUCUGUGGAGUCGCUGCAGGAGUGGGGCUCCUUCAUGAAACUGGCCAUCCCCAGCACACUCAUGACGUGUUUUGAAUGGUGGAUUCAUGACUUUGGGGGCUUUUUUGCAGGGAUGCUGGGUAAAUACGAACUGGCGGUCCAUCAUGCCUUGAUAACAGUGGUAAACUUCAACUAUAUGGUGACGCUCAGCAUCCAGGGGGCGGCGUGCGCUCGAGUGGGCAACGCCCUAGGUGCAGGCUACACAGCCGGAGCACUCCUUACCUGUAAGGUGGCACUGUCGUUUUCAGUCGUCUUUGCCGUUGUUCAAGCCACCGUUCUCGGAUCUACUAAAUCCGUCAUCGGCUUCCUCUUCACCUCUGAUACGAAGAUCAUCAGUCUACUCUCGCGCUUGAUAAGUAUUUACUGCUUCCAACAGUUAUUUGAUGGCAUUGUGGGUGUGUCCGCAGGCAUCUUUAUAGGAACGGGGAAGCAAAAGAUUGCGGCGGUGGCUAACUUCAUCGGCUACUACUGCAUUGGCCUCUCCAUUGGUAUUGUGCUGAUGUUUGUCGCCAAACUCAACAUUUUAGGUUUCUGGCUGGGGCUUCUCAUUUGCGUGGGUCUACAAUCCACCUUCUACAUCGUGGUCAUAUUCAGACUCAACUGGAAGAGCAUCACAGAGGAGGUGCUGAAACGAGCGCAGACGAAGACAACUGUCCCAUUACUGAACACAAGUGCUGCAACAAAUAACCACAGUGGAGAGCAGACACAACUCCAGCACAAUUCAGCGGAAGGCUUCACGCACGUGAGCUGCGAGUGUCCUGACGGCAGCGCAAAGACUCCACCCGGUGACAAGGAGGAUGCCGUGCAUCUCUCUGUUUCCCAAUUUGUUCUCCGUCGAGGCAUCACCGUGGUUACGGUGCUGGGGCUCCUUGUGGUAGGCGCUUGCGUACACUUCCUGGUGCCGCCACCCGAGAACACGCUGCUGCUUAAGGCCAACCUUACGAGCAUCAACGCCACACACAGUCCUCUACAAACUGUCAAUAUGUUGGACUGGUGAAGACAAGAUGAAACUUCAGCAAUCCACACCCUUUCUUGUCAGUCAUACAUAAUAUAAGACUCUGAAUGUUGAUCUUUUUCUUAUCUUAGAGCUGUAUUGUGUGGAGUGACAAGGUCAAUUUUAAUACAUUUUUACUUAUUUGAUUUUAGUUUACUUUUUCUUUUUUUAUUAAAUACAUGUUAUAUUGAUUGGCUGGCGACCAGUUCAGGGUGUACCCCACCUCUCGCCUGAAGUCAGCUAAGAUAGGCACCAGCACACCCACAUAAGUGGUCUGGAAAAUGAAUGGAUAUGUUGUACUGAGCUUUAAAAAAAAAAAGAAUAAAAAAUAAAAAAAAUAUGGGAUUGAAUCUUUUCUACGUAAUGAAACAAGGCUUGUUUUUUGCCGUUACAAAAUGUGAAUAUGAAAACAGUGACAACAACGUCACCACCACUUCAUGUCAAUGGUGUGAACCAUCCCCCACAAAAAUGAGAAAAUGAAGUACAAGGGGGA